AUGGACUACGCGUACGAGCUCCUGUGAGUGCUAGCCUCGAACGUCACAGAUUGAGCGCCGUUCUGCCAAUGCUGAGCCUGUGCGCCUCUCUUACUUGGUAUGCCAGCGACCGCGGCUACCUGCCCGAUUUCUUGGUGGUGCGUCUUCAGGAAGUGUUUCAGUGUUUCAGUCUCGAAUCUGCCACUUGAUGAAUACCCCAUCCGCCUCUUACUGAUUUGUCAAAGCCGCUCCCUACCUUUUGACAGCGCCGAGCCAUCCGGCUGCUCAACGCACAGCGUUUGCGGACCUUGGAGCUGCCCCAGACCGACUAUGCGGCUCAUAUAGCCUCCAAGCUGGAGUACGUCAGGAGUCUCAAGACGAGGGAGAUCGCUGUCAAGACUGAAAAUGCCAAUGAACAGCACUAUGAGGUGGACACUGGAUUCAUGCUCAGCGCUCUCGGAAAGCACGGCAAGUACAGCUGUUGCCUGUACGAGAACGGCAACGAGACACUGGACGAGGCAGAAGGUGAGAUGGAUCAUGCUUCCAUUUCGACGCGGUGUUCGCUCAUCAUGGAAUCGCAUUCCUGCCAACCCAGAGGCUAUGAUGAUCUCUUACACCAAGAAGGCGCAUCUGAAAGACGGUCAAAAGGUGCUUGAUCUAGGCUGCGGGUGGGGCUCCCUAAGCCUGUGGUUAGCAGCUCGUUACCCCAAAUCCCAAAUCAGCAGUCUGUCAAACAGCAAGACCCAAAAGGUUUACAUCGACCAAGAGGCUAAGAAGAGGGGCAUCAACAAUCUGACCGUCUUUACUGGCGACGUCAAGACGUAUGAAUUUGAGCCUGAAUCGUUUGACAGAGUGAUCAGCAUUGAGAUGUUCGAACACGUGAGUAGAAUGCGCAAGACCGAUCCACUCCCUGCUUACUCCGAGUCCAUUCUCAUUCACAGAUGAAGAAUUACUCUCUGCUCUUGGCCAAAGUCUCCUCAUGGCUCAAAGCUUUUCCGAAGGAUGCACCGCUGGAGGACAGAUCACUGCUGUUCAUCCACAUCUUCUGCCACAUCACCACUCCUUAUCACUUUGAAACCGGUGACGGGUGGAUGACAAAGCACUUCUUUGAGGGCGGGACAAUGGCCAGUCAUGAUCUUUUCGUGAGUGCGCAAGGCGAGAAGUCGCCUGACAUCAGCUGAUCGUUGCCGCUUGCUCCCCAUUCGUAGCUGCACUUCCAGAAUGACGUUGUUCUUGAAGACCUCUGGUGGUAAGUUUGGCGUAACCAGCGACUGUCUGUACCCUCGGCAUGAACCCUGACCUUUACACCUCGUCCUAAUCGCAGGAUCAAUGGCACUCACUAUGGCAGAACCUCGGAAGACUGGCUCAAGACAUUGGAUCGCAACAACAAGGACAACAAGUCCGUGCGACUGCUUCGCGAAGAUGCCAAGAAGAAGGGCUUGGAUCCUAUCGAGGGCGAAAAGGCUUUCUACAGGUGAGAUGAUGAUUCGCCAUGUUGUUCUCAAAGCUACGUUGCUGAUGCUGAUGUGCUGUGUCGCUUGAUAGGUGGAGGACAUUCUACCUCGCCGUGGCCGAGUUUUUUGCGACGGAUAAUGGUCAGGAGUGGGGCGUAGGUCACUAUCUCUUCAGCAAGCGAUAG